GUUAUGGGCCCAGUAAAGCCCAAGUUGUAAAGAUAAGUGGGUGCAAAGUUAAUCAUACGCAUAUCCCAGAGGCAGAAACAGCAAAAGAAGUGUGGGAAAACCUGUCCCACGCUUUCGACGACUCGGGGCUUACACGCAGAGUUGGCCUACUACGUGAUCUCUGUUCAACUACACCCUCUAGUUGCAAUACAUAUCAAAACCUUCUUCAAAAUGGACACGCACCACCUAUAGAGCAAAUCAAAGUUGCUAAUAACAGAACACUUUCAGUAUUCUCAAAAUUCAAAGAGUUCAAAACAGAAGCUGAAAAUCAAACUGAAUGUAAACUCAAAUGUAUUUGGACUGACAAAGGCCUAGAAUAUGUCAACAAACUAUCCUCUGACUUCCUAAUAAGUGCUGGAAUAAGAUAUCAAACAUCAACACCUUAUACUCCUGAACAAAAUGGAGCUGCAGAGAAGCUAAAUUCUAAACUAUAG